UCAUUAUUAUAAUUUCAUUGUUCAUAAACUAGCAUACUACGGUAUCAUAACAGCAAAAAAUCACCAUGGUUUGGUACUCUGGAAGUAUACCUGAAGCCAUUGCAGAAUCAAGGAAAAGCUCAAAGCUGUUUGUUGUAUACAUUACUGGUGAUGAUGAAGAAUCUAGUAGAAUGGAUGAAAUGUGGAAUAAUGAAAGUGUCGAAAAUAUUUGCAAAUCAAUGUGUGUUACUCUUAAAUUGAGUGCAGAGAGUGAGGGCUGCAAACAGUUUUCGGCAAUUUAUCCGGUAUUAAAAGUACCAAGUGCACAUUUUAUUGAUAAUAGUGGUAAAGUAUUAGAAGUGAUUUAUGCGCAGUCUUCACUUGAUGAUUUUGUACAGAACCUUCGGAAUAUUACCAAGUUUGAGUCAAAUGCAGCAAAAAGCUCAUCAGAGGUUCAAGAGGAAGCUAAUAGCGGUCAGACAUCAGGGGCAGCGAGCGACGAAAAUAUACCAAAGGUUUUGCCACAAAAGAGUGCUGAAGAAAUGGAUGCGGAAACUAAACGGCUUCAACAGAAAAUUAUAGAAAAACGAGAAAAAGACCAAAUCAAAAAACAAGAAGAUUUAAAGGUGAAAGAAGUAGAACGGCGAGAACUAGGAAAAAAUUUGCUGAAAAUGAAGGAAGCUCAACAAGAGGCUAAAAUGAAACAAGAUAUGGAAGAGAGGAGAAGAGAUAAACAGGAGGAAAAAGCUGCAAAAGAGAGAGUAAAACGUCAAAUAGAACAGGAUAGAUUGGAUAGGGCUGCAAGGUUUCAACAAGAAAAACUUGAGCGAGAACAAACCAAUAUCAAUAAAAAAGCUGAGGCGGAAAAGGUAAAUGAAGAAAAACUGAAAGAAGAGAGGAAGGAACGAGAUUCAAAAGCAAGGUUACAGUUUCGAAUGCCAGAUGGAUCUACAACAGUUCAACAGUUUGAUUCUAUGGAUGUUUUACUUUCUGCAUUCUCUUUUGUCGUCAGCUUGAAUCAUCCACUAUUUCCAACCAUUAAUUCAUUUGAUCUUGCGACAGCUUUUCCAAAAAAAGUUUUUUUGGUAUCUGAGCAAAAUCAAACCUUUGCUGAGCUGGGGUUGUCUCCGAGUGCGUCUCUUGCUGUACUGCCACGGCAAAAUAGAAGGGGAAUUUCUUCUUCUGACAAUUCUGUGACGUCCUCCAUACUAUCGAUGAUAAUGUUUGUAUUAUUAAUUCCAUCAAAAAUUCUGAUGUUUCUUUGGUCAUUUAUUUCUGGCGGUACAAGAACAGAACAACAACAACCUGUAACUUCUAGUCAGGGUGAUGCAUCAACCAGUCAUAGCAGAUGGAGUGAUGACGGAGGUUUAAGGCGAAGAACAGUAGGCCAACAAGAAUCAAUGGAACCAAAACGACAAGGCAACAUGACCAGAUUAAGUGAUGUUACACGAGAAGACGAUGAUGAGGCGACAUGGAAUGGUAAUUCUACACAACAGAUGUAAGAAUGCAAAAACAGAAUGAGCUCCAUUGAUCGCAAUAUAAUUCUUUGCAAUAAUGACUAUAGCUUGUCAAUAUUUCAAUUUGAUGUCAGAAUGAUAUUUAAAUAUAUAGCAAAGUGUACACGUGCAUUUCAAACGUUUUUUUUGUGUAUUUGGGAAUGGAAACCAUUCAGUAUACUUUAUAAUUUGCAGGUGUUUCUUUUUUGCGAGCCUUUUUUCAUGCAGUGAACACUGGGCUAUUUUGCUGCUAUUUCUUAGUCCAUUGCAUGAGUUUUUCAAAGCGGCUGUAGGAACACAGCAUAAAAAACACGGAAAAAAGGAGUUUGUGUUUUGUUAAUCUAUUUUUAUUUAUUGUUCAAAAUUAUUAAUUGAAAUCACGUAUGUCUUA